UGGCUUCUGAGGCUGCAGAGAUGGGGGUCGGAUGCUGGAGGAACCUCCUGGUGGUGCUGGUUGCCCUGAUCCUGGCAGCCAAGCUGGGUCACUUCCAAAGGUGGGAGGGCUUCCAGGAGAAGCCCAUGAGCAAGAAAAACAUGGAUCCAACGCUCAACUUCUUCAUUGAAUCCUACAACAAUGCCAGCAAUGACACCUACUUAUUUCAAGUCCAGGAGCUACUUAGAAGUCAGAUGCAGCUGACAACAGGAGUGGAGUACAUGGUCACUGUGAGGAUUGCCCGGACCACAUGCAAGAAGAAUGACACAAAGUAUCCUUCCUGCCCCCUGCAGAGAAAGAAGCUGAAAAAGAGUUUGAUUUGCAACUCUUUGAUAUACACCGUGCCCUGGAUAAAAUAUUACCAGCUCUGGAACAACUCUUGCCAGGAGGACUGA